AUGUCGGGAAGGCGGGAGGAGAAGGUAGAGGGCGGGCUGGGGUGCCGGAAAAAGGCAGGUGAGUGGCCAAAUCCGGGGAGUGGGUGCCAACUCACCCAAACUUGUCCGGGACCUCCAGGCCCCAAUUCUUCACCGUUCCGCCCCAUAUUCGGAGCAGCGCAAGGGACACAUCCCGCCCCCAAUUCGCGUGCAUCACCGAGCCCGCCGCUGCCGCCGUUCUCGCGCCUCGCCCGCCCCAAUUCCCUCAAAAGGCAAUAUUUUGUCUUGCGCACCCCGCGCUUGUUUCUACACCAAAUCCCACCAAACUCUACCAACAUUCUCGCCUCCCCCUACGUUCCCAACGACGUGAAAACCGCGGGCAACGACCGCCGCGUUCCCGCCCGCCCGCGCCUUGCUACUCCCCGCCCUCCCUCGUUUACCCCGCCCCAGCCAGCUCGCCGUUUCGCGCCAAAACUCAGCCCCGAACGGGGCAGCCCGUUGGCUCCCCGGCGCCCCGCCCGCCACUUCCACCUACCUCCCGGCCAGGCCUCGCCCCCCUCCACAUUCCCGCCAGCUCCGGCGUCCCAACUCCGCCGCGUUCCCGCCCCUCGUGCCGCGCCCUCCCGCCCAGCGCAUCAGCCGAUGUGUGACGGGGCGUUACGCGUCGGCCUCGGGAAGCGGGCGCUGGAUUUGGGCCUGGUGACGUCAGCUGGUGACGCGUUUACACCUCGAUCGAGCGCGGCGUCGUUCUCCGGCGCAACUUCCCCGGUCUCACCCUUCCCCCGCCUCCCAGUCCCUCCCGCCCCCAAUUCCCGCCCGUUUCCCUUCAAACUGGGAAUUCGGGCUCGCCUAGCGUGUCCCCACACCCCGCCGCACGACCGCGCCGCCCAUCGCGCCCUCCCGCCCACUGCCACCCGCCCCUCCCGCCCAGCGCGUCGGCCGACGUGUGACGGGGUGUUACGCGUCGGGCUCGGGACGCGGGCGCGGGACCUGGGCAGGGUGACGUCACCUGCUGACGCGCGCUCGACCCGAUCGGGCACGUUGGCGCUCCUCGGCGCACCAUCCCCCAUUUUCCCCUUCCCCCACCUCCCGGCCCCUGCCGUGACCAUUUCCGGCCCGUUCCCCGCCAGAACGGGAAUCUGGGCUCGCCGACAUGAUCCCCACGCCCCGCCGCAGCACCGGUCCGCCACUCGGGCCCCUCCCGCCCACCGCCGCCCGCCCUCGCGCCAGUCGCGUGGGCCGAUGCCGAGCGAGUUCUUACUCGUUCGACUUGCGGUCGUGCGGGGAGAUUCGGACAAGGUGGGGCUACACGCGCCCACGUUAUCGGCCCGCCGCGCUCGCAGCUCAGCCCCACCCGCUCCCGCCUCUGUUUGGCCAUGCCCUCCCCCUCCCGCCCUCUCCCGAGCCCAAACCCAGCCCGUUCCACACCAAGCUGGGCAAGCGAGCUCGGGCGAUCCUCCACCACAGUCUGGCCCCCUCGCGCCACCCCCGCCGCUUAUCGUUCCCACCUCUCGGGGCCUGCCCUCCCACCAGUCAUGUCGGCCAACGUGA